AUGUCUGACGGAUAUUACAGUUCGAAGAAGACUGAUGAUAUCUGCGACGAUGUUUGUGGCCAGCAGGGCUCACAAGCAGCAUUGAGCAUGUCUAGACUCCGAUGCAUUUUGCGUGGCUUGGAUUUCAAGACUUACAUUUUCCUGUUUACGGUUGUUCCAUUGGGCAUAUUUGGCAUAUAUUUACAUGGGCAGAAGAUCUCGUAUUUUCUAAGACCGCUUUGGGAAUCUCCUCCAAAGCCUUUCAUUGAUAUCCCGCACUACUAUCAUCAGAACGUGUCAAUGGAGACCCUUUGCAGACUUCAUGGGUGGAAGAUUCGUGAAUCACCAAGACGAGUUUAUGAUGCAGUUCUUUUCAGUAAUGAAGUAGACAUGCUUACAAUCCGAUGGAAUGAAUUGUAUCCAUAUGUGACACAGUUUGUUCUCCUUGAAUCAAACUCAACGUUUACUGGCUUGCCCAAGCCAUUGAUUUUCGCAAGAAACCGGGACAAGUUUAAGUUUGUUGAACCCCGGCUAACUUAUGUUACAACUGGAGGAAGAUUUAAGAAAGGGGAAAACCCAUUUUAUGAGGAGGCAUAUCAGAGAGUGGCACUUGACCAGCUUCUUCGAGUAGCCGGUAUAGAAGAUGAUGACCUCCUGAUAAUGUCUGAUGUUGAUGAGAUUCCGAGUGCCCACACAAUUGAUCUAUUGAGGUGGUGUGAUGACACCCCGCCCGUUGUUCAUCUUGGGCUGAAGAAUUACUUGUAUUCUUUUGAGUAUUUUGUAGAUGACAAGAGCUGGAGAGCAUCAGUUCACAGGUACCAGACUGGUAAUACUACCUAUGCACACUUUAGACAGAGCGACUACCUUUUGUCUGAUGCAGGGUGGCAUUGUAGCUUUUGUUUCCGCCAUAUCACUGAGUUCAUAUUCAAGAUGAAAGCUUACAGCCACUAUGAUCGGGUACGGUUCUCUCAUUAUUUGAACACGAAAAGGAUUCAGGAUGUAAUAUGUAAAGGGGCUGACCUAUUUGACAUGCUUCCCGAGGAGUACACAUUUAAGGAGAUCAUUGGGAAGAUGGGACCUAUUCCUAGAUCUUACUCAGCUGUUCAUCUUCCUGCAUUUAUACUGAACAAUGCUGAGAAGUACAAGUACCUAUUGCCUGGAAACUGCAAGAGGGAAAAUGGCUGA